GACAGUUUCUUGUGUUUCUUAGGGGACAGUGAGGUUCUGAAACUAAGACACAGGAUAAGAAGGGAAAGGACUUGCUCUGAGACAGUAAGUAGGGAGUCUCCGGAGAGGGACCUGCUGCUGUGUUCUUUUAAAUGUCCCGGAGGAAUUCUUAAAGGAAAGAACAGGGUAAAGAGAAUCUCAUUUCCAAGCCGGGUGCAUUACCAAACACGGGGUAUAGCAUUCCCGGGUGUGGAAGCCCCGCCACCUCUGUCAAUCAGACCUCCACAGCCAUUCCUGGAUACCUGGAGGCGGGGCUGCACUGGACAGCCCCGGGCUAAUCCAGCACCUGGGGCAAGCACAGCCAGAGUCGUCAGUGUUAUUCUGGGCUCCGCCACCCUGCCUUUCGAAAGCGCGUUGACACCUGCGACCUUGCACACGGUCCUCGGACUUCAGACUGGUAAUUACAUCUGGAUUAUAGCUGAGAGUGUGACCCAGCCUAAACACGUAGCUUGCAAGUGAUUAGAAGGACUGAUUCGUCCUGACAUUCAUUCACUUAUUUCUUGUGAAGCCUGUGCCGUACCUUGCUGGUUCUUCCUGAAUAAGAACCAGACCACACAGAAAGCACCUCACUCGGAGCUCAGAGUCUGACGCACACGGGCACUCGGGCUGCGGAGGGAAAAUGGGCUGCAAUCGGAACUGCGGGCUCGUCACCGGGGCUGUGAUUGGCGCGGUGCUGGCUGUGCUCGGAGGGAUCCUCAUGCCUGUGGGAGACAUGCUGGUGGAGAAGACCAUCAGGAAGGAAGUCGUCCUUGAGAACGGUACGAUCGCUUUUCAAAAUUGGGUCAAAACAGGCACAGACGUUUACAGACAGUUUUGGAUCUUCGAUGUGCAGAAUCCAGAUGAAGUGGCGAUGAACAGCAGCAACAUAAAGGUUAAGCAGAGAGGUCCAUACACGUACAGAGUUCGCUACCUGCCCAAGGAGAACGUGAUGCAGGACCCCACCAACCACACAGUCUCUUUUGUGCAGCCCAACGAAGCCAUCUUUGUGCCGUCCAUGUCCGUUGGGAUGGAGAACGACACAUUCACAGUCCUCAACCUGGCCGUGGCAGCUGCACCUCAUGUCUACUCAAGCCCCUUCCUCCAUUCGGUGUUCAAUUCACUCAUCAAAAAGUCAAAGUCUUCUAUGUUCCAAACCAGAACUCUGAAGGAACUGCUGUGGGGCUACAAGGAUCCAUUCUUGAGUUUGGUACCAGCCUCUGUUGCUACCACCGUUGGUGUGUUUUAUCCAUAUAACAAUACUGUAGAUGGAGUUUAUAAAGUUUUCAAUGGAAAAGACAACAUAAGCAAAGUGGCCAUAAUUGACACUUACAAAGACAAAAAGAAUCUCGGCUUCUGGAAGAGCUAUUGUGACAUGAUUAAUGGUACAGAUGCGGCCUCCUUUCCACCUUUCGUUGAGAAGUCUCGAAUAUUGCGAUUCUUCUCCUCUGACAUUUGCAGGUCAAUUUAUGCUAUUUUUGGAUCUGAGGUUGACCUGAAAGGAAUCCCUGUGUACAGAUUUGUUCUUCCAGCCAAGGCCUUUGCAGCUCCAUCUGAAAAUCCAGAAAAUGAAUGUUUCUGCACAGAAAGAAUUGUUUCAAGAAAUUGUACAUCAUACGGUGUGCUAGACAUUAGCAGUUGCAAAGACGGAAAACCUGUGUAUAUUUCACUUCCUCAUUUUCUACAUGCAAGCCCUGAUAUUUCAGAACCAAUUGAAGGUUUAAGCCCCAAUGAAGAAGAACACAAGACAUACCUGGAUGUUGAGCCCAUAACUGGAUUCACUUUACAAUUUGCAAAACGGCUACAGGUCAACAUACUGGUCAAGCCAGCACCAAGGAUUGAUGCAUUAAAGAACCUGCAGAAGAAUUAUAUUGUGCCCAUUCUGUGGCUUAAUGAGACUGGUACUAUUGGCGAUAAGAAAGCAGAAAUGUUCCGGAAGCAAGUGACUGGGAAAGUAAAAAUGCUUGGCCUGGUGGAAAUCGCCUUACUCAGUGUCGGGAUUGUGAUGUUUCUCGGCUUCAUGAUUUCUUACUGUGCAUGCAGAACGAAGAGUCUGAAAUGAGUCGUCAACGAGUCUACAUGUAUGUACCAGCUAUGUCAAGACCUUUGGUAGUAUUGAUCUACGAUGUGGAGAUUUAAUAUGCUUUAUUUUUACAAAACACAUCCUUUCUUUUAGUUAAAGAAAUGGUGGCGCUCUAUCUAUAUAUUUUGUACUAAGCUACAGCACAUUUUAAAAGGAUUAAGAUGCCAUUAAAGUCUAUACUUUGGACAAAAACCAACACUUCCUACAGUUGAGCUGCUUUCAGUUUCUAGCAUGAACCAAUUGUUCUUUGGUUCAGAUUCAUGGAUUUGUUCCCUGGUGCUGAACUCAGCACAGGAGUGGACAUUCUGGAAGGACUCCUGCUCCCCUCGGCAGAAGGCAACCGUGUCAUACCUGGACUGCCCUGACUGAUUGCCACCAACAGACCUCAGGACCGUCACUGCAUCACCUUACAUAAGCACCAGAUAUUGAGAUGUUCAGUAAUGGAAGAUACAUGAUAGGCUCUGAGCCACUCGUUAUGCAUUAUUCUGGUUUCUUUCUUGAUUGAGCCCUUCGUACAGCAACAGUAGAUAACGUAACCACAUUUUACGUCAUGACCAUGGUCUUGUAUCUUUCAUCACUCAUGCAAAUGGACAUCAUCUUUUAGUCAGCUUCGGCUCUUCAUAUUGUAAAGGCUUUCUUAUUUUCCAUGGUUUUUAGCUCUUCUGGAAGUCUAAGUCAACUUGGUCUUUCUGCUCAGUUCCAACCUAUACGUGGCAACCUCAGAAUGCAGAUAUAGUAUUAAGAGAUGUUAAUGUUGAUAAAGGAAUUAUUGUAUGGGCUAUCACAAAGAGUAGAAUGUGCAUCAAAACGUUCUUGUUGUAAUAUUUCUUGCUUUUGUAGUCACUUUGGAAGGACUGUUUUCAACCAUUAAAAUGUUGCUUCCUAAAAUUCUAAA